GGUCUUUCCCAGUUGUGUAGUAUCCCUAUGAAUGUCUCUCCGUGAUCUUUAAAUAGUUCUUCCCCCUUCUUCGUCCUUACUCAACUCUCCUUGUAAGGAUGGACAGCCCUUUAGAUCUUACCAUAGUCAAAAAGGAACCUGGAUUGUCGUCUCUUUGUCCUUCGGACUCUGGACUGUUUGAUUCGAUGAUGCAGGAUGGAUUUCAUGAUAACCACUUUCAAUCAAUCAAUAACGAAGAAGUUCCAGUGGACUGGCUUUCAAGCUUUUUUGACGAAGUACCAUGUUGUAUGGAACAGUCUUUACCUAACUAUAAUCUCCCAGAAUAUACAUCCAGCUCGGGACUUAAUUAUUCGUCUAAAAACCACUCUAUAGGAUUAAGUGGUCUGAGCAUGGACCCAAUGCCUGCCUUACCAGAGGACUGUUCAAAUGAAUCACUAUACUGUCCAACACCUUCUACACGGUGUAGAUCUCCAGACUUUGAUCACACUAGAGCCUUGAUCACUGACAGUGAAUCAAGUGACGAUUCAAAGACAAAUCUAUUUGGUAGACACUCUUUAUGCCCGCCUUUUGAUAGUACGCAAAAUAGUUUCCAUCUUGAAGGGACGGAAAUGGAUCGAGUGAAUGCCAUGAAUGGCUGUGCAAAGAACGAACUUGAUGCAGACUCUGGGGAGAACGAAUCAGGUGAUGGGUAUUACUUUGCACCACUUCCUAUCCAGUCAGAAUACGCCACGCUCAGACGCUGCACGCAAUACAGUUAUGACUCAACUGCACAUUCGCCGACAAGUACUACACCAAGUACACCACCACGAGAAAUAGAAAAUGAUCUUAGUGGAUCAAGUGCAGGAGAGACGACUCCGCCAUCGAUAAGGACUCAGGAUAAGCAGCCAUUUUAUCUUACGGAAGAGGAAAGAAGAACUUUGAUAGCAGAGGGUUUACCAGUACCAGCAGGGCUUCCUCUUACUAAGGUUGAAGAACGUGCUCUCAAGAAAGUAAGACGGAAAAUAAAAAAUAAAAUAUCAGCACAAGAAAGUAGACGUAAAAAGAAAGAAUAUAUGGAAACAUUGGAGAAAAGAGUUGAAAAGUGUUCAAGUGAAAAUAUGGAUUUACGGAAAAAGCUUGAUGGCUUAGAAAAUACUAAUAGAUCAUUAAUUAAUCAACUUCAAAAAUUACAAUCAAUGAUAAAUAAUACAAAAACACAUCGUCAAGUCAGUGCGCGAUCUACACAAACAAGUACAUGUUUGAUGGUUGUUGUUCUGUGUUUUGCUGUCUUUAUUGGUAGUUGGAGUCCUUUGACAAAGAAUGGACUUACCCUCCCCUCCCCUGCAGAGUCUGAUCGCACUGUUGCUAAGUACUCAGUGGACUACAGUACUCCCUCAGUUCGCUCAAGGGUGCUACUCUCAGUAGAUGAAGCUGAUGAGGCAGAGUUUGCUCCAACGCCAAGCAUUAUGGAUGCAAUGGCGGCAUAUCUUAAGCCUGGCCCAACUAUCACAGCUGUCGAUAAUGACACAAAUAAUUAUGUUGCAGUGGAAACAUCAUCAACCCAAGCAAAGCCUCGCGAUGGCUUGUCUUCAGCUUUAUGAAUUAAAUGGCUUAUACUACAUUAUAUAUCACAAGCCGAAGUGCAUCAUGGGAAGACAUGGGGGUUUUGCAGUGCAUUACUAAAAUAUUUGGGUAAAUUCUGUUUUUUGAAACAAAGCACUGCAGAAAAUGGGAGUCAUCUUUUAUAGACAUGCAUUAUUGUGAAAAUCAGAUUUUCUUCUCAUUGUAUUAUGGGAUUGUUUGGUUCCCUCCACAGUAUCUUUUCUAAUGUCAUUCAUUCAAAUACAAACAAUAUAAAUACAUCAAUAAAUAUUCAAUAGUUUUAAAUGACRAAAUAUCAAAAACAAUAUCUAUGUCAACCAUCCAAUAUCAUGUAUGGAAAUGUAUCAUAGACAAACUUGUAUAGAACAAAAAAUAAUAAUUUUUGAAAGUCAAACUUUCUAUUUUAAAACGUGUGGGACAAUGYUUGUAAGAUUGUGUAAUUUUUUAGACCUCUUACAAACAACUUAAAUUGGUAAUAAAAAGACAAAAAUAUAUAUGUUGC